AUGCUGCUGCAGGGUUUUUUCGCUAGAAUUCCCUUGUUUUUGUCAUUUCCAACAAUAAUUUUGUCGAGCCAUUUGAUAAUACCAACGCCUCAGGAUAUUUUUUUUGAGAAGGGUAUAAAUUUUAUUCAAUUGGAAGCAUUUGUUCGUUUGAUACUCAUACCACUUUUCGUUAGUACUUCUUUUACGGCAGUCGGCUGCCUUUUCAGCGUUAUAGACGAAACCAUUAAUGAUACAUUAUCUGUGUUGUUUUUUUCAUUCAUUUUAUCUCAGUUAAAUUAUUUGUUAAACCCAAUUCAGUCGACAUGUCUGUCAUUAUUAACAUUAAAAUUGGUACUCGCCAAUCCUGUCACUACAAAUAAUUCAAGUGUGAGGAGAAAUGUCCUCAUGUUCUGCAAGUCUUACGGAGCUCUUCUUUUCCUGGGUUUAAUGAUUAAUAUUGGCAGCGAUUUCUCAACUUGGCUUACACAUAUUCCCUUUUACAUCAUUUCUUUCUUUGCUUUGAGGUACAUACAUCCAAUUCUCAAAUUGUUCAACUCAAGAAAGAGGGGUAAUGCUACACAAACUGACAACAUUGAUACGAAGAAGAAAUCGAAUGUUGAAGGAAAGUUUCAAGUUUUACUACUAGUAGGGCCAGUUGUCUCUUUUUUCCUUUUAUACCUCGUUUCAAGAUUUUAUCAAAUCUAUCAGUUACAAUACUUAAUGGUUUUUGUCUUUUUGGGAUGUGUGACAAUAUUUUUUUUAUCAUUUCAAGAUGUAUCCCAUAUCUAUCUCGAACAAAAUAAGAACGAGCAAGACCUUUCGUAUUCUAUUUAUUUUCCCAAUUAUACUAUUUUUACAGUGGGAAUCGUAACCAUUGCCUUGCAAUAUCUUUCGUUUAAUUCAAUUGCCUCAGACGUUAAAACAGCUUUUUUGACAUUGAUAUUUGUUAUCUUGUCAGAAUACACUUCAAGGUUUUCCGAAUUCGAGUUGAAUAAAUCAAAGUCACAACUGCACGCACAUGAACAUUCACAUUCACAUUCAGCUAUAAUUGACCAUAGUAAUGAUGGUAUAUUCAAACAAAUGGUAACAAAUAAAGAUACGAGGUCAAUUUUUUCUUUUCUUCUAUUGAACACAGCUUUCAUGUUUGUUCAAUUAUUAUAUUCAUUUAGAUCAAAGUCAUUGGGUUUGUUAUCUGAUUCAUUACAUAUGGCUCUAGAUUGUACCUCAUUAUUUUUGGGUCUCGCUGCUGACAUUCUUUCUAAGAGGCCAUCAUACGAUAAGUUUCCUUUUGGUCUCAAUUAUUUGGAAACUUUAGCCGGUUUCACAAACGGUGUCGUCCUAUUAGGUAUUGUCUGUGGUAUUUUCGUAGAAGCUAUUGGAAGAAUUUUCAAUCCCGUUCAUAUUGAAGGUACUAAUGAACUGUUAGUUGUCGCAAUAUUAGGGCUAUUGGUCAACCUCGUUGGUUUAUUUGCGUUUGACCAUUCUGAUGAUUCAAGCUCUUUACCUGUCAAUACUCAAAAUGAUAACAUGAGGGGUAUCUUUCUACAUAUCUUAGCUGAUACUUUGGGUUCGGUUGGGGUUAUCUUCUCAACAAUCUUGAUAAAAUUUACUCAUUGGCACAUAUGUGAUCCACUGGCCUCUAUUUUUAUCGCCUUAUUGAUUUUAUUGAGUUCGAUACCGCUUAUAAAAUCUACAGCAUCAAGUAUUUUACUAAGAUUAGACGAUAAGAAACAUAAUCUGGUCAAAAAUGCGUUGAAUCAAAUCUCUAAAACGCCCGGUAUAACUGGCUAUACGACGCCGAGAUUUUGGCCAAUAGACCCUAAUCCUUCAAGUCACUCACAUAGUCACGCACAUACGCACUCUCAUGCUCACUCACAUACCCAUGAAGAAAAAGGAGAGGAAGAGGGAGAAUGUCACAGUGAUCAUCAUGAUGAUCAUGAUACAAAUAAAAAAACUACAGUACUAAUGGGUUAUAUCCACAUACAGUACCAUGAGGGAGAAAAUUCUACUAUCAUAAAGAAGAGAGUAGAAAAAAUUUUCCAAAACUUUAAUAUUCAGGCAUGGAUCCAAGUGGAAUCACAAAACUCACAAUGUUGGUGCAGGGCAACCUCUAUGAGCAAUCAAGUCGUCAUACAAUCUGUGACUAAAAAUACGUAA